AUGCAGCCUCUAGUUUGCGUCAGGGCAAGUAUUGCACGCGCAGUCACCACCAACAAACCAGCUUUUUCGAGAAAGUGGAAUAAUCUGCGGUGCGCUCCUUCAAAGUUGCAAAUCACAGCUACGAACACCCAGCAACAGUCCUCUCUGAGAUUGCGAACAGAUCCAUCCUCAUCCUCGACUUCUGCUCUAUAUUCCACUACCAGCACCCCUCACUCAGCCUUGCGUGCGGCUCAAGGCUCGUCAGAGGCCGCCGCAGUCAUGGGGAAGAAGGACGACAAGGCCGGGAAGGUGAGCUUCCAGCUCAAGACCCCAAAAGGCACCCGCGACUGGAGCAGGAAGGACAUGAUCUUGAGGGAUCGUAUCUUCAAUGCCAUCACCGAAGUCUUCAAACGCCACGGCGGAACGAAUCUCGACACACCAGUCUUCGAGCUCAAGGAGAUCCUUAGCGGAAAAUAUGGAGAGGAUAGCAAGUUGAUAUACGACCUGGCAGACCAGGGUGGCGAGCUCUGCUCGUUGCGAUACGACUUGACAGUGCCGUUAGCACGCUACCUGGCAAUGAACACCGACAUAAAACAACUGAAACGUUACCAGAUAGCAAAAGUCUAUCGCAGAGAUCAGCCGGCCGUCGCAAAGGGAAGAAUGCGAGAGUUUUACCAGUGCGACUUCGAUGUUGCCGGAAUCUACGACCCUAUGAUUCCAGAUGCCGAAAUUCUGCGUAUUAUUGUUGAGGUCUUUGAGGCUCUAAACUUCGAGAAAUUUACGAUCAAGAUCAACCACCGGAAAGUUCUUGACGGUCUCUUUGAGGUGUCUGGAGUGCCCUCGGACAAAAUUCGAUCGAUCAGCUCAGCAGUUGACAAAUUAGACAAAAUGCCAUGGGAGGAGGUCAAGAAUGAAAUGUUGGAGAAAGGUGUCUCAGCCGAGGUCGCCGACUCAAUCGGCGAGUAUGUCAAGCACAAAGGCGGCAAGGACAUUGUUGACUUGCUUAGAGCCGAUGCCAAGUUGGAAAAAAACGAGAACGCCAAGGCUGGCAUUGAGGACAUGAACCUGCUCUUCACAUACCUCGACGCCUUUGGUGUUACAGACAAGAUUUCAUUUGAUUUGUCAUUAGCAAGAGGCCUGGACUACUACACCGGCGUUAUUUACGAGGUAGUGACUGAGGGUUCUGCUCCUGCAGUUGCCCCCAAGCCAACUAACCGAGAAUCCGAUACUAAGGUGUCAGGAGAAGCUGUUGCCCCUGCUGCAGGCGCUAUUCAGCCUGGGACAGAUAAUGGCGCUCCUGCACCAGCUGACAGCAAAAAGAAGGCCCCCAAGAAGAAGCAGUUAAGCGAGGACGAUGACCGCUCAGACGAUCCCACGGUCGGUGUGGGCAGCAUUGCUGCAGGUGGACGCUACGACAACCUCGUGGGCAUGUUUAGCGGCAAGGGUGACAAAGGCCAGAUCCCAUGUGUCGGCAUCUCGUUUGGUGUGGAUCGCAUCUUCAGUAUCAUGAGUGCCAAGCAGGCACGAGAGCAGGCGACGGUGCGUCAAAAUGAGGUUGAUGUUUAUGUCAUGGCGUUUGGCGGCGGCAAGGAAUUUACUGGCCUGUUGCCAGAACGCAUCGCAAUAGCGAGGCAACUCUGGGAUUCUGGUAUCAAGGCCGAGUUCUCGGCAAAGGUGAAGCCCAAGUUGCAACAGCAGUUCAAGGUUGCGGAGGAUGGCGGCGUGCCACUGGCUGUAAUUCUGGGAGAAGAUGAGCUGAAGGCGGGCAAAGUCAAGCUGAAGAUUCUCGGCUUGCCCAAGGAUCACCCCGAUAAGGAGGGUCACCUCGUUGCUAGGGAUGAGCUCGUAGCCGAAGUCAAAAAGGCGCUCUCAGCGGGUACAGAAUAG